ACCAUGCAAGCAGCUCGAUGCCCAACAGAUGAGCUGUCUUUGACUAACUGUGCUGUUGUCAGCGAGAAGGAUCUGCAGUCAGGACAACAUGUUACUGUUAAGACCACACCGAACCACAAAUAUGUGUUUACUGUCAAGACUCACCACACAGUAGCUGCUGGGACCAUUGCCUUCAGCCUGCCACAGCGGAAAUGGGCUGGUCUCUCCAUUGGCCAAGAAAUAGAAGUGUCCAACUAUAACUUUGACAAGUCCAAGCAGUGCAUCGGUGCCAUGACAAUCGAAAUCGACUUCCUGCAGAAGAAAAGCACAGACUCUUCUCCCUAUGACUCUGACAAGAUGGCAGCUGAAUUCAUCCAGCAGUUCAACAACCAGGCAUUCUCUGUAACCCAGCAGUUGGUGUUCAGUUUUUGUGACAAGCUGUUUGGGUUGGUGGUGAAGGACAUGGAUGCCAUGGAUGCCAGCAUCCUCAAAGGAGAACCAGCCUCUGGAAAGAAGCAGCAAAAGAUUGAUGUUGGUCUUAUGGUUGGCAACAGCCAAGUCAUUUUUGAGAAGGCAGAGAACUCUUCUCUCACCCUUGUUGGUAAGGCAAAGACAAAGGAGGCGCGGCAGACGAUCAUCAACCCAGACUGGAAUUUUGAGAAGAUGGGAAUUGGAGGUCUGGACAAGGAAUUCUCUGACAUUUUUCGGAGAGCAUUUGCCUCUCGAGUUUUUCCCCCAGACAUAGUGGAGCAAAUGGGCUGUAAGCACGUGAAAGGGAUCCUGCUGUUUGGACCACCUGGAUGUGGGAAAACACUGAUGGCUCGGCAGAUUGGCAAGAUGCUCAAUGCUCGAGAGCCAAAGGUUGUAAAUGGCCCAGAGAUCCUUAACAAGUAUGUGGGAGAAUCUGAAGCCAACAUCCGCAAACUGUUUGCAGAGGCAGAAGAGGAACAGAAAAGGCUGGGGGCGAACAGUGGUCUUCACAUCAUUAUCUUUGAUGAGCUAGAUGCUAUCUGCAAACAGAGAGGCACAGGCGCCAGCAGCACAGGUGUGCAUGACACUGUGGUCAACCAGCUUCUGUCUAAGAUUGAUGGCGUGGAGCAGCUUAACAACAUCCUGGUUAUUGGUGAGCCUCAUGACACUAAAUACUCUGCUUUAUAGUUCUCACAUCUAUUUCAAUAAAUCUCAUCCAUCUCACCUAAGUAGGUCAGUGCUUUUCUUUUGCAAGAAAGUUACAAAAGUUUGGGGAAUAUUUUUUUUAUUAUUUUUAUAAAGAACCAUCUCAUUACAUUCUCAAUACUUCAGAGUUAAAAAAAUCUCCAUGACUGAGACUUGGAUUACACUAAAAGGUUUACUAAUUACUUAAGCAUUUCUGCAAACUUUUGAUUGUGGU